GUGAAAAUAGCGAUCUCUGGUGUUAGAGAGAAACAACAGUUGAGUCGUUUUAACAAAGGAGGAAAAGGGAGAAUAACGAAAUCAAGUCUUAUUCUAAAAGAGUCCAUUGCAAAAGGUAAUCAUCUGUCUGAGAAGACUAUCGUGGAAGGAGAAGAUGGCCGAGAAAACUUCGAGUUCGCCGGUCGUAAUAGCAGGCUCAGGGACUGGAAGUUCAGCGAAUCAACAAACGAAUACGAGUACGUCUACAACGAGAAGGAAUAUGGUACCCAAGACUAAGAAGCCACGUAGCAAACCUACUCAUCCACGUACACCGGAUAUGGUGACCGCAGCUAUAAAAGCUUUGAAGGAACGUAAUGGGUCAUCUCUUCAAGCUAUCAAGAAAUAUAUGUCCACGACGUACAAACUCGACAUAGAGAAGCAUGCACCUUUCAUAAGGAAAUAUUUGAAGAGUGCAGUAGCAUCCGGCGCAUUGGUACAGACUAAGGGAAAAGGUGCGGCAGGUUCUUUCAGAUUAGCCUCGUUAAAAAGCGAAACGACCAAGUCCAAGUCUAAGAAGUCAAGGACUAAGAAACAAGUGGCGAAAAAGCAAACGAAGAAAACAACCAGCUCGAAAAAGUCGAGCACUGCUUCAGCAAAAACGAUAGCGAGUACGGCAGCAGCAGCAGCAGCAGUAGCAGCAGCGGCAGCAGCAACGACGACCACGGCGAUAACGGCAACGACAACGUCAGGUAAAAAAUCACCGGUGAAGAAACCUGCGGUAACAGCAGCGGUCAGUGAAAAACGUAAAACGGCGAAGGGUCCAGCUGCUAAACCACCGAAAGCUAAAAGUGCCGUUCACCAAAUUUGGUCGAAAUCUAAAGUCACCAAAGCGACGCCGAAAAAACAAGCGGUAAAAAAGGCGACGACAGCGAAACCAAAGAAAGCAACUACGAAGAAGGUAGCAGCGAAGAAAAAGUGAGCCAAUAAUCUAGCAUCAUCCACAUCGGGAUAGUUACACUCGAACGGUCCAUUUUAGGACCAUCGCGUUCCUAAUCAAACGCAUGGAAAACAAAGUUGAUACUUCGGCGCGAUUUGUAUUUUGAAUAUGGCGCUGUUCCCGUUCAAAAGGCAGGCGGAGUCGAAGGUGCAUCCAGUUUUGACGUUUCUAUUGCGAAAGAACGAAAUUUAAUCUAUACCGAGAGACCUCUUUCAUAAUCCUUUUUUCUUUUUCUUUCUCUCUCUCUCUCUCUCUCCCUCUCUCUCUUUUUUUUCUCUUAUCAUCAUUCUUCCUUUACACCAAGCAGACAUUUUUGUUUUUUUUUAUCUCGCAAUCUGCAUUACAUUCAUCCUUUGAUUUUUUGUUAAUUUUUGUUUUUUAUGAAUCACUCGUCAUUUAGAUGUGUCUUAUUAAGUCAGAAUUAAGUGAAUUCAUUUCAAAUUUGCGAUAAAUAAUGAUCUUGCUUGUAGUUGUUUCCGGUAACGAUAAGUCCUACCUAUAUAUUAUUAUAUAUAGUUAAUAAAGUUAGAUUAUUAUUGUCGUUAAGAACAAGGAUAUAUUGCACUUAGCGAUCUUGUUAUUUCUUUUUCGUUUCUCUUUCUUUCUUUUUAUUUUAUUAUCAAACACGUAACUCAAGAUCGUGUGAAAUCAGAACAAGUUACGUUUCUGAGUCGCCAUUAUUUUUGAUUAUAUAAUACACGAGGUAUUCACUUUGUUCUUUAUAUUUUGUUAAAGAAUAAAAAAGAACAAAAAGAUAAUGAUUGUAAUACUAUCGCGUUGGUUAAUUCAUGAAAGUAAGAUAUAAGAAUUUAUUUAAUUUAUUCGAUAUAUAUAUAUUGUUGUUACGGCUUUGUGUCUAUCAUUUAUACAUUAUAUUUAGAGAGUUUAUUAAAGGUUUUAAUAUAAUAAUGAUCUUUAUUAUUUAAUGCUUUUACAACAAUGUUAUAAUAUUCGAUUUUUGUUUAUAUAUAUAUAUAUAAUUAUAAAAUUUUUCCAAUUUAUCUACUUUUCUUUACGUAUUGAUUUAUACAUAUAUAUACACAUAACAAUUAUAUGGCAGACAUAUAGUUCUGGAGCUCCUACAUUUAUAAUCGUUAGUUACAUAGAGUACCUGACGUACACGAUAAAACGAUAUGCUAAUUUCAAAUAAAAAAAAAACAUUGUCAUACAAAAAAAAUUUUCAUACGUUAUAUAUCUCUAAUUCCUUUUAACAAAAAAUUUCUUCUUAUUUAAUAACAGUGUACGAUAAAAUAUAGAUAAGAAUUUUCAUUCGCACGUUUAACGAAGUUGUAAUGAUAAAUCGAUUUUGUUUAAAAAUAAAGAUAUCAUUGAUAAAACAAUUUUCAGAUAUUGUUAAUAUAACGAAGAAAACAAAGAUAGAAUUAAUCAAUCUUUAUAAUACUCAAAAGAUACAGCAUUAUAAUUGAUUGACGUAAUAUACGAGAUCUAAUAAAUAAUAUUAAUUAAUAAUAUUAUUUAUAUUAUUUGUAAAUUUUAAUUGUAAACAUUUGGAUAUCGGAAAAACUUUAUGGACUCUUUUGAAUAAAAUAAUAUUAUAAAAGUUAAUAAAAAGUGCCUACUAAUUGAAGAAUAAAUAAUUAAAAUUGAUAUCCUAUCUGUCAACGUAGUUAACACACACACACGCGCGCGCACGUAUAUAUAUAUUGAUCGCCAUUUUGUCGCUAAAACGUUCGAAAUAUUAAUAAGAGCCCAUGACAAUAGUGGAGGUCGUUCGACUAGUACAAUUAAUUUUACAUUAUUUCACUCGCUCGAUAUAGUGCACUGAUAUUAUUAAAGAAUUGUCACAUUAGAUGGCGCAUGGUUGUUUUGGCGCGAAAUAUUAAUUUAGUUUAAACACAUAUACUAACCAUAUUAAUGAAUAAAAAGAAUGUUUAAGAUAUAA